AUGUCGGACUAUGAAGAUGAUAUAGAUGUUGACGUCCCUGUAGCGCAGGACAAGUCAAUCCAAUUCAGCUCCGACAAUCUCGCAGGCAAGCAAAAGCGCAUAGUUGCAGACUUGCCAAUAGAGGCCGAGGACAACCUACCAUGGGUUGAGAAAUAUCGCCCCAACACUCUCGAUGAUGUGUCUGGUCACCAAGAUAUCCUUGCCACCAUCAACCGAUUCAUUGAACACAACCGGUUACCCCAUCUCCUCCUCUACGGUCCGCCUGGUACUGGCAAGACAUCUACGAUCCUGGCGUUAGCACGACAGAUCUAUGGCGCGAAGAAUAUGCGACAAAUGGUGCUGGAAUUGAAUGCGUCAGACGAUCGCGGGAUCGAUGUUGUGAGAGAGCAGAUAAAGACAUUUGCUUCCACGAAACAAAUCUUCAGCACUUCCACGCAACAGUCCUCGACUGCAGCCAAAUUCGGCCUUGGGGCUUUCAAGUUGAUAAUUCUGGACGAAGCCGACGCAAUGACCUCGACGGCACAAAUGGCUCUAAGGAGAAUCAUGGAAAAAUACACCGCCAACACCAGAUUCUGUAUUAUUGCAAACUACACACAUAAAUUGUCUCCAGCUCUACUAUCGCGGUGUACGAGAUUCCGUUUUUCACCUCUCAAGGAAGCCGAUAUUCGCCGCCUAGUCGACCUCGUCAUUUCGCAAGAACAUGUCAACAUUGCUCCCGAAGCCGUUGACUCACUCGUCAAAUUGUCCAAAGGCGAUAUGCGAAGAGCACUGAACGUUCUACAGGCCUGCCAUGCAGGUUCGAGACCUCUCCCGAUGCGAGGCGAGCCACCAGUCAAAGAUUCUGUCAUCCAAUACAAGCUUAUCACCAAUGAGACGAUAUACAACUGUAUCGCCGCUCCUCAUCCGGACGAUAUCCGUUUGAUCAUGACCACAAUGCUGAGUACACCAGAUAUCACGAGUUGUCUGAACACAAUAAAUGCGCUGAAAAGCAGUCGUGGCUUGGCUCUUGCCGAUAUUCUCACUGCUUUGGCAGAGGAGCUGCAGAGCCUCGAAGUCAGUGUCGCUACUCGCGUAACAUGGCUGCAGGGUCUGGCUGAAAUAGAGUACAGACUUGCUGGAGGCGGCAGUGAGGGUGUGCAAACUGGAGGCAUGGUUGGUGUCAUAAGGACUGGCUGCGAGCUGAUGGGGGAGAAGGGUGUCGGCCAGAAAAUGAUUCUGGGCUGA